AUGACAUUGUUACGUCUGAAAAUUUGUGCUGUGCAGCGGUUCGCAGAGCUGCCCAAGUACACUGAGGUGAACCCGGGCGAAGACGCCCUGCUCACGUGCCGGAUAUCCGACAAGAAGGGUAUCUGCUCCUGGCAGAAAGAUAACAAGCCAGUUGGAAUCUACCGCGGCAAGUAUGAAUGGGCCAACGAGCAUAAUACAAUAAGUGGUGACUGCUCGUUGUGGGUGCGCGCAGCCUCGCUGCAACUCGACGACGGACAGUGGCAGUGCCAGGUCACUGCUAGCAACUACAAUGUUCAGGAUGCCCUUUCCAGUGCCCCUGCGACACUCGCUGUGAGAGUUCCACCACAAUCGCCUAGAAUCCUCUUCAACGGUUCUCAUGUACUGCCAGGUCAGAACAUCACAGUGCCGGCUGGCUCCAGGGCGACCGUCGUCUGCGAAGCUAGAUAUGGCAAUCCGCCCGCUUAUAUCGAAUGGUACUUAGACAAAGAAAGUUUAACAGCAUGGAGCCACACAAACACAUCGGAAGCAGAACGGCCGCGAGUGUGGGCAGCGCGCUCUGUGUUGGAAAUGGGUGUACCCAGAGCCGCGCAUGGGAAGCACUUGACGUGUCGGGCGCACCAUCCUUCCUUUCCGCCUCCUUACUAUCGAGAUUCCUUUACUAAAUUAGAUGUUACCUUCGUUCCCGUAGUCUCCAUAAUCGGAGCGGACGCAACCGAGCUCUCUAGUCUAGAGGAGAAUACAAGUCUUUUGUCAUUGGAUUGCCACGCAGAUGGUAACCCUAAACCUUAUGUAUGGUGGACGAGGAAUGGUCAAGUGUUUGCUACUGGUCCCAAACUUAGACUUACGCCUGUUAUGAGGAAUCAUUCGGGUACUUAUGGAUGUCAAGCAAGAAAUUCCUUGGGGACAUCCGAAUCAGUCAAAAUAGAAAUUGACGUUAAAUUUCCACCCCGCGUUAAAUGGGUGGGUCCUGACAUAGUUGUGGAUACAAAUCUCUUCUCACAAGUAACUCUGGAGUGCAAUGCUGAAGCAAAUCCAUCUCCAGUUUAUCAGUGGUAUCACAGUCCAGGAACAAGAACUAUUAAUAAUUUACUCGAAGACGCUUACUUAAUAUCAUCCACCGCUCAGUUACAAUUGCAUAACGUCUCAUACCACCAAAAUGGACAGUAUAUUUGCAUCGCUAAGAAUCAUAUUGGACACAAGGAAAGAUCGCAUCGAUCAGAAGCCAUCACUCUCAACGUAUUGGGUCCACCCGUUGGAAUCGACACGGGAGUGGUUCAUGCUUGGAGUGGUGGUGAAGCCAAAGUUCAAGCAACGGUGUGCGCUGACCCUCCGCCCGAUGAAGCUGUAUGGCUCUGGAGUCAUUUUAGAUUAGAAGUGCCUUCUCAGAUUGGAAAGUACGGAGCAUUAGAGAUGGAGAAAAUAGACGGCUGCUACCGAUAUAUUUUAUCUAUAAGCUACGUUGAAGCUGCCGAUGCGAGAGACUACGUGUUGCAUGUGGAGAAUGAGAGGGGUUUUUCUUCCCUAACGGUCUCACUCAUUGUGCAUGAUAGCGUCGAAUACAAGACUGACGAAUUAGACAGUGAUAUCAAAGUCCUCCCAGCGGACGCCUUGUACGGAUCGCAGGCGUCCUGCCCCGUGAGUGAAACCAAUAGACAGACUGCGGCUGCGACUGUUUCCGUUACAAGUGUAGACAUCACAUGCCCGCGAUACUCUCCCGCAGCGCUACAAGUUCGCCGUGCUGCCAUUGUGUUGCAGCCGCCUACCACUGUGUGA